UUUGAUUUGACUAAGGGUGRGUUCGUAAAUUCACCCUGGCUAUCUACUCCGAUUUCAGAGCACUCGUCUGUGUGCCAGGGCGCAGAAUAACUYAUGAAUAUGGCCGGUGUCAGUAAACGUCAGCAAAAAAAGGCAAUGCCUCCUCCAGAUACUAUGUACUGUGAACAGCAAAUCAACAUCCCCCCUGAACUACCAGACAUUCUCAAACAGUUCACCAAAGCUGCAAUCAGAACCCAACCCCAUGAUAUACUACAGUGGUCUGCAGCGUACUUCUCUGCCCUGUCCAAAGGAGACACUCUGCCAGCCAAAGAUAGGCUGGAGAUGCCCGUUGCCACACAGAAGACUGAUACCGGAUUGACUCCAGGCCUGCUGAAGGUCCUACACAAACAGCUGGCCCCUAAGGAGACGAUCAGUAAGGAGGAGCUGCAGCAGAAGUGGAAGGGUCUGUGUCUGCCCUCAGAGCAGCUGGACACUCUGCUGGCACUGGGGAACUUCAACGACAACAUCCACUGGAUGCAGUUCUUCGCCCUGGGCUGCAGUGCUCUGGGAGGGGUGAGUCCCUGGCUCCGAUACCUGAUCCCCUUUGAUACAUUCAAAGGGCUGUACACUUACCUGGCCCAACUGGAUGGAGAGAUCCCCCAGGACCAGAUAGACAGCUUCCUAAGCAGCCUGCAGGAGUCUGUGGAAUGCCAAGGAGGGAUGGUGCAGACAGCUAACUUCAGGGAUGUGAUUUUUCCUGAAAUGUGAUUUUUCCUGAAACCAGUCAUUCCUGCUUUUUUGUCAUCAUCCUCCAGCCCAACAGCAUUAGAAUGGAUGAGUUAUACCCCCAAAAGUAAAAUCCCAUUUUCCCUGUCCUGAAUUAUAAUGCUUUCUGUAUUGUGGACCAACAGACRGCAGUGACUAGGACCCAGGACAGGAAGCCUCAUUCAAAUAUGUGUCUGCCUAUUGCCUGUCUAUAAUACUGUACUGUGAUAUGACAGUAUGUGUGUAUCUGUAUCCAUGUCCACUCUUAUGGACUAUUUAUUUACUUGUACUUUGGUUCCGGGCAUUCUCAAUCCACUUGGGACUGAAUAAAGUUGUUUUAUAGUA